CUCGUGCCGCUUCUUGAGCAAAGGGCCGAGCGCCGAGCAGCGGCCGGACAUCUGUCUGCGCCUUGGAGGUGCUGGGCGCCUUAAGAGACCCACAGCGCUGUCGCGGCCCCGCCGCACCCCAGCCUCUCUCCACCAUCUCCACCAUGUCGCUCUUCUCCACGCUCCCGCUCGACCCGGCACACACGUCGCUGUGGACCAAGCUCGCCACGCAGCCCUACCCCGCCGUGCCGCACGGGCUCGGCAUCAGCGAGGGCGUGUGGCAGGCCACGCUGCACCCGCUCAGCGUCGCGGCCGUCAGUGUUGUGUACAUCUUUGCCGUGCACCAUGCCAACCACAAGCGCCUGCGGAACGGCCCGGCAAGGGAUCUGGUCAAGGAGACGUACGGCCUCUCGAGUGCCGUGCUUGCACACAAUGCGUUCCUCUGCAUCUACUCGCUGUGGACGGCGCAGAGCAUGAUCCGUCACCUCGCGCACUACUUUGCUCAGGGCACGGCGGCCGGAGGCGCGGCUGGCUGGACGGCCGCCUUCUGCUCCGUGCCCAUGCACGCGCCCGAGUCGCACACGCCGCACCUGGCGCCGCUGGGCCUCAUCGCCUGGCUCUUCUACCUCAGCAAGGGCUACGAGGUCGUCGACUCGAUCAUCCUCGUGCUCAAGGGCAAGAAGGUCAGCAACCUGCAGAGCUACCACCACGCCGGCGCCAUGUGGACCAUGUGGGCGGGCGUGCGCUACUCGGCUACCCCGAUCCAGCUCUUUGCCUCGUGGAACGCCAUCGUGCACACGGCCAUGUACUUCUUCUACAGCCUGACGUGCCUCAAGCUCAAGGUGCCGCGUGCUGCCAAGCAGCUGCUGACGACGAUGCAGAUCACCCAGUUGGUGCUCGGCUGGUGCGUCGCCAUGUCGUACCUCGUCGUCACGUACCGCCCCUCUGCGUUCCCCGACAUGGCGCUGCCGUCCACUGGCAUGCCCGCGGGCCUCGCCUCCUCGUUCUCGCGCAACUCCAGCACGCCCUUCGUCAAGGACUCGCUCUUCUCGCUCUCGCCCUACCACACCGACGCCGCGUCCGUGCGCUCCGCGUUGGCGUCGGCGGCAGAGGCCAACAACGGGCGCGUGCCGUGCGUCGGCUCGACGGGCGCAGUGUUCGCGGUGUACCUCAACCUCCUCUACCUGCUGCCGCUCAUCGUCCUCUUCGUGCGCUUCUACCUGCGCUCGUACUUUGGCUGGACUCCGAAGCGCGACGCGGCCAAGAAGGCGCAGUGAGCGCCGUGCGCCCUGUUGCUGUGCGGCACCGGUGCACUCCCUGCACCCGGUCCGUGGCACUGCCGCUCUUCUCUCUAGUCUCGCUCCUGUCCCGCUCUGCCCUACAUCGCUCCGCUACACCGUUCCGCUACACACCAUGCAUGAUGCAAUGAGACUCUCCCGUCACCUCUCC